GCUAGAAGCGAUGAUUGGAUUAGAUUGGUGGAAACGUCAAUCAAAUGACGCCACCUUUCUUCCGCUAUGACUUAAUGGAGAAGCAAGCCAGUGAGGAAAUGCUGGUGGCUGACAGGGUGAAUGGGCUCCCGGAGAUAUGAACAGAAUUUUUUAACCCGGCUGCCCAGGAGAGGUGACACCUGAGGCAGAGUGGUGUGGCGUCCAUGCUGACAUCAGUGCUGCCCUCCAAUGUUCGCUCUGUGGAAGACAAGGUGGAACUAAGGAAACUGCAAUGGAGGGAACAAAGCAGUCACGAGUCUCUCGUCCGCACAAGAUUAGUGAAUCAUCAAAGGUGUACAGAUGGGCAGAUCAUUCUAAUGCCGUUCUCCAGGGGCUAAAUGAACAGAGACAAAGGGGAUUGUUCUGUGAUAUCGUGCUUGUGGCAGAUGAACAAAAGGUGUCAGCCCACAGGAGUCUCCUGGCUGUCUACAGUGAUUAUUUUAAUUCUAUGUUUACAAUUGGAAUGAGGGAAGCUUAUCAAAAAGAAGUUGAGUUGGUUGGAGCCUCCUACAUUGGUUUGAAAGCUGUGAUUGACUUUCUCUAUAGUAGCGAACUCCCAUUAGAUGGUGGUAAUAUUGACUAUGUUCUGGAAACUGCACAUCUUCUACAAAUUUGGAAAGUGGUGGAUUUUUGCUGUGAGUACCUUGAAAAUGAGGUUAGUGAAGAAAAUUACCUCUAUCUUCAAGAACUAGCCUCAAUUUAUGACCUGGAGCGCUUGGACUGUUUCAUUGAUAGUUUUAUUCUACAUGAUUUUGGUACUCUUUCUUUCACACCAGACUUCUUGCAAAACAUCUCCCUGCAAAAACUUUGUCUCUAUUUAGAGAGCAACAAUGUCCAACAUGAAUGUGAACAUGAUUUAUUGCAGGUUGCACUGCAGUGGCUAACACAGAAUCCUGACAGAAUGCAGAAUGCACACCUCGUCCUUAAAAAUAUCCACUUCCCACUUAUACCUAAGAGUGAUCUAUUGCACAGAGUUAAACCGGCAGUGUGUUCCCUACUCCCCAAAGAAGCAAACUGUGAUGUCUUCUUGGAAGAAGCGAUACAUUAUCACAAUAACAUCACAAAGCAGCCGGUGCUCCAGAACAGACGGUCUACACUCCGAUCUGAUGUUGAAAGGUUACUGUUUAUUGGUGGGGAAGUGUCUGAACGUAGAGAAGAGCUAAGUGAUGAUAUGUGCUACUUUGAUGAAGAAAAAGGACAAUGGUUUUCUGAAACAAUGUUGCCUGCAAGACGGAGCCACCAUUGUGUAACUGUCUUUGGAGGAUUUAUCUUUAUGGCUGGCGGAAGCUCUUCUCGUGACAAUGGAGGUGAUGCAGCCUCAAAUGUCCUUUAUAGAUAUGAUCCAAGGUGUAACCAAUGGUUAAAGGUUGCUCCCAUGAACCAGAGACGAGUAGAUUUUUACUUGGAUGCCUUCUCUGACUUUCUGAUAGCGGUUGGAGGCAGAAAUGAGAAUGGUGCUUUAUCCUCUGUUGAAAUUUAUGACCCCGUUAAGGAUUCAUGGUCUUAUGUUGCUGGACUACCAAGGUUUACUUACGGCCAUGCUGGUUCAAUAUACAAGGAAUUUGUGUACAUUUCAGGUGGCCACGAUUACCAAAUUGGGCCCUACAGAAAGAAUCUUCUUUGCUAUGAUUAUCGAACUGAUGUCUGGGAAGAGAAAAGACCAAUGAUAACUGCCCGAGGAUGGCACAGCAUGUGCACACUACAUGAUCAUAUCUAUGCGAUAGGCGGUAGUGAUGAUCACAUCGAGUCAAUGGAACGAUUUGAUAUUUUAAGUGUAGAAUGUUACAGUCCACAAUGUAACCAGUGGACCCGAGUUUCCUCACUUCUGGAGGCCAACAGUGAGUCAGGUGUGGCAGUUAUGAGUGGAAAAAUCUAUAUUCUUGGUGGUUACAGCUGGGAGAAUACAGUGUUUUCAAAAUCUGUACAGAUAUAUAACAGAAUUGAGAAUAAGUGGUUCCGCGGCACUGAUCUCCCAAAAUUGAUUGCAGGAGUAUCAGCCUGUAUUUGUGUUCUGAACCCUAGGUCUUCAGAGAAGAAGUUAAAGACUUUACACCAGGAUCGUAGUAGAUAGUAGCCAGUCCAAUUAGGUGCAAUCUCAGGAUGACCGUGAGAUUAAUUUAGCACACUCUUAUAUAGAAAAAGCAUGUAGCAAUCCUCACUGGUGUUGGGUUUCAGCCAUUUGGCAAUAAUACUUAAUAGACUUGUGCUAUUUAUUCCCAGUAACUGCUCUGUAAUGCUGUGCCACUGUGUGUUAUCUUUGUAUGCAGAAGCCUAAAGUGUUAUGUGAGUGAUCUUAAGAUGUGAUUUUUUUUUAAGAAUCAAGAAACCUAAGGCAAUGGUGUGUGUUGAAUGGGAGACAGCAAUGUGGGUAAACCUAAGUAUUACUUUUAUUUGCUCUAAUUAGGUUACAUGCAUUGUGCUAAUUAUAAAUUACUUGGAGAAAUAGAGUACUCUUAAAACACUCUUAAACAAGUGAAUGCUAUACACAAAAGCUUUCUAAUUGUUCAGUCCAAUUUCAUUUACCCAAUCUUUACAGAUGAAAUCUGCCAGAUCUGAUAAAAUGUAUUAUUAGUGCAUUAGUAAAAAAAAACUUCCAAAGGUAUUCUUGGUAAAACGAGCAAUGCUAAAUAGUCUGAAAGUUCCCCAUUAUGAUUUUCUUAGCAGUAUUAUUGUCUAAUAAUUGGCAAUCAAUUAUUGAAAAAAGUAAUUCAAGUAUUUAUAGUGUAUACCAUAUCACAUUGUGAGUAAGUAAAUAAAGCUUAGCGCUAAUUUUAAUUUAAAUCUAACGUACAAUGAGAUGAUACAAUGUGAAAUAUUAAUGUAGUAGGUGAUUUAACAGUUCAAUGAGGUCAGAAAAUAAAAUGAGCUCACACUUUUGAAGUACAGUAUUUUUUUUCUCUUUAUCAAGAUGCCCUUUGUUCAUACAAGGAAAAAUUCAAAACUCUGAAGAUUACUUGCCUGUUCCCAUUUCUCCAGUUUUUGCCUUUUGCACUUCUGAUCUCUCCAUCUUGUCUAUUUUCUCGCAUGGGGAAGAACAUGUCUUCUCACUCUGCUCUUCUUGUAGUUCCACAGAAGAUCAGUUACUUCCCUUACAGACUGAAAUCAAAAACUCCUCAUUUUUGAGGGGGAUGAGGUUUCAUCUCCAAAGUAUUAUUGUGUUUUAACUUAUUUUGAAAGGAUCUUUUGGUUUGAGUUUCAAAAUGAUAUGGGUACAUAUUUAGAAAGUAUGAUUCAUCUUGAUCAGUAUUGCAUAUAUUUGCACAUUCCUAUGUGACAGAGCUAUAAGGAAAUUUUCUCAAGACAUUGUAAAGUAUGCGAAAAUGGCUAGUUUCAGAACACGAGAGGUGCAUUCUAACAGUUCAAGCACAAAAAAAACUUAAUGUGGGUGGAGUUUUCCUUCCUGUUUUAAUAUAGAAGCACAUUUUCUAACUUUUGUAAUGAAGUAAGCUGAAAAUCUUGAAAUACAGCAAUAAAAAAAAAAUCAAACAAUUUUAUUAUAUUUCUGACAAAUAUACAAGUGUAACACACCAUUUUCUGAGAACGGGUUAUGCAGUAAUCCCUCUCAUUGCACCCUUUUAACAGACAUAUUCAAACUUUAUAGUUCAGAACAUAGGAAACUCUUUACCCCCAAGGAAUAAUUUCAUGUUUGCACUGUUCGGGAUUAAAGAUUUACUUUGUGCGCCACCAUUACUGAUCCUGCUAUUGAGGACACAAGAGUUAUUUUGUUGAAAAUGUUACCUUUGUUUUUAAACAGCCAUUUUAAUGCAAAAGUCUAAAUGCUACUUUGACCUGUUGCAAUUUGCUGCCUUUUAAGUGAAUGCUUCUCUUUGAUAGACUUUCAAGCUGCUCCCUCUUUUCUGCAAUGUUUUGUUGGUGGAUUGCUUAUUUUACAUGUUUUGUACCUCGUUUUGGAUGACAUUUUUAAUAUAGACUUCCUUUGUUCAUAUGUAAUUUUUAAAAGGGGUUCCAAUAGAAAACUUAACAUGUUAUUUGAAAUAUUUUUAAAAUUAUUCUAAGCCAAUUAUGAACUAUUGGGGACAACAAAAGUACCUGGCUCUGGUGCAACCAUGACAAUCCCAGAUGGAAUAAAUGAUGGUAAACUAAAAUACUGAUGUCUACUGAACAAAAUAUUAACAUCAGAAAGAGUAGGAUGAUUUAAAGUUACUGAAAGUUAAUUUAAAGUUAAUGUUACUGAAGGAAAAAAUGUAGAUUCAGCAUAAAUAAAUAAUAAUGCAUCAAAGGAAAUCUUGUGAGACAGUAGCUGGCAGAUUAGGAGGAGCAAAUAUUUAUUCCGUAGAGAUUGUUAAAGUAUCAAAUUUCAGGUACUUCCUAAGAAUGUAUCAGUUUUUAACCCCUUGGUUAUGGUUGGCUAACCAUUAGGCACUCCCUAUGCUUUUUGCAAGUCUCUUUGACUAGAAUCAAAAUGGCCCCAGUAGGCUCCAAGUAUGUGCACCUAGGUACGUUUUACAGUUGGAAUUAAAUAUUAUUAUCAUUCUUAUUCUCUCGUUCUGUGGUAAUAUUCUUCCAUCGGUAGUAUAGUUGGUGACAAAGUUCCUGCAGUUUAGAAUUUAGUCAUUAUAGUAGCUCUUAAAUCCUCUAUGUAAGCAAUGUGUAGGCACAUGUAUAUGGUUGUAUAUUUCAAAUUAGCAGAAAAUUCUGAACAUACUGGACUUGCCAAUCAUUUCACUUAAUAUGGUGGGGGAGGUGUUGGGGAAACAUUUGGGCUCCAAUGUAGGUACCAUCAACUGAGUUGCUUGAAUUCCUGGAAUUAGUUACAAUCUAAUUAAAACAAUGUACAAAUUAAAAAUGUUCAUUCAUUCUCAUGGAUGUUUGGUACCUAAUCUUAAAUAUAUGGUAUUUCCUUGUACUAUAACAGUAAAUAUUUAUUUUAAUAGAAAACUCAUUGAAUUUAGAAAAAAAAUAGCAUGCUUGCACGUGCUGUAAUUUUUAAUUGAGUUUGGAUUUGUUUCUUGAGGAAUGUUUUCAGACCUCAGUAUAUGUGUGAUGGAAGACAGUUCAUAUCUUAAGCAAGUCAAAGUGUACAGCAGUUGCAAUUAAAUUAAUACAAUGAAUGUUGGUAUAUCCUGUAAUUGCAGGAUGUAUUUUCUCACUGCUGUAACAUUAAUAAAGAUGACUUGUAUAUUGUACAGCUUCUGAAAUUAAAUGCUUUUUGCAGAUUGCUCCAGUUAUUGAUAUAAUGAAGUUACAAUUAAAAC